CUUAUAUAAAUUGAAGCUCCUUCUUCAACCUUUGCCUCUCACUCCUAGCAAAGCAUUUUCAUUACCUUCCCUCUGUUAUUUCUUCAAGCGAAAUGGGGCGCCUUGUUUUCUUGUUUGCUUCCUCUUUGCUUCUUAUGGUGGCUGCUAGAACAGUUUCAGCUGCAGUAUUGGAGCACUCAUUCUAUGUUCAAAAUUUGACUGUUACUAGGUUGUGCAAACGCCAGGUGAUUACAGCAGUAAAUGAUAGCCUCCCUGGCCCAAGCCUCCGCGUUCGAGAGGGUGACAAACUCAUUAUUCACGUCUUUAAUAUGUCACCUUACAAAAUAACAAUUCACUGGCAUGGCGUUUCUCAGUUAAUGAGUGCCUGGUCGGAUGGACCUGAGAUGAUCACUCAGUGUGCAAUUCUCCCCGGAAAUAACUACACCUACAAUUACAGAAUCACUAAACAGGAGGGAACCCUUUUCUGGCAUGCUCAUUCCUCCUUUCUCCGUGCCACCGUCCACGGAGCAAUCAUCAUCCACCCCAGGGCUCGCCACUCUUACCCAUUCCCAAAGCCCUACAGGGAAGUUCCCAUCUUGUUAGGUGAGUGGUGGAAUGCUAAUGUCGUUGAUGUUGAAAACCAGGCUCUAGCCCUUGGCAUAGGUCCUAACAUUUCGAAUGCUUAUACAAUAAAUGGAUGGCCCGGUGAUCUCUAUCCAUGCUCUCAAAACCAAAUGUACAAGCAUAGGGUGGAGCAAGGGAAGACUUAUCUCUUACGGAUUAUCAACGCUGCAGUCAAUUCCCAUCUCUUUUACAAGAUAGCCAAUCAUAACAUGACUGUUGUGGCUGUUGACGCUCGUUACACCAACCCAUAUGUCACCGACGUCGUUGUUAUCUCCCCUGGCCAGACGGUUGACGUUUUGCUGACCGCAGAUCAGCCAGUUGGGUCGUAUUACAUGACCGCUAAUAAUUAUGCAAGUGCCAGUGGCACUGCAGUUGGUGUACCGUUCAAUCCUAGUACGACUAGGGGUGUUAUCAUCUAUCAGGGUGCACCAUCUUCAACAACGCCGCUAAUGCCGGUAGUACCGGCUUUCAAUGACACCCCCACGGCUCAUAAGUUUUUCACCGAACUUACCAGUUUGGUCGGUGGGCCUCACUGGGUCCCUGUCCCACUUAACGUGGACCACAAUAUGUUUGUUACCGUUGGAAUGGGGCUCGAUGUCUGCCCACCAAAUGUAUCUUGCCAGGGUCGUCCACCUGUUGGGGCAGCGCUCUCGGGCAACAUGAACAAUGUAUCCUUCGUGCUACCUACUAGCUUGUCUUUGUUGCAAGCCUUUUUCUUCAACGUCGGAGGAGUGUACACCACUGAUUUCCCUGCCAAUCCCCCGGUUCAGUUUAACUACACCAACCCUAGUAUUAACGCCGACCUACCUCUGCUAUUUGCUCCAAAGAGAACCAGCAUCACCAAGGUUAAGUUCAACUCCACUGUGGAGAUGGUGAUGCAGAACACAGCUCUUAUUGGAGUGGAGAACCAUCCCAUGCAUCUCCAUGGCUUUGAUUUCCAUGUAUUGGCGCAAGGGUUUGGGAACUUUAACCCUACCACAGAUACACUGAAGUACAAUCUUUUCAACCCCCAAAUGCGCAACACUAUUAGCGUACCUGUUGGAGGAUGGGCUGUCAUUAGAUUCGUAGCUAAUAAUCCAGGUGCUUGGUUUAUGCAUUGCCACUUUGACGGGCACAAUUCAGUAGGCCUGUCCACUGCCUUCAUUGUUGAGAACGGACCAACUCCCGACACAACCUUGCCUCCCCCGCCACCGGAUCUUCCAGAAUGCUAGACAUUUUUUGUUUUAUUUAUGAAACUACCACCUGACCUUCUUUUUACAAGUUAAAAUAAACUAAAUAUAGCUUAAACUUUAAAUUCAAAAUAAAAAGAAAUUAAACUUAAUACUUAAAUAUGAUAUGUAAAAUUCAAAACCCAAUUCAAAAUCAAUUUAAUAAAAAUAUUUGCUAACAUUGCAUUUUUGCCAUA